AUGACGGGUGAUCCGAGCAAUCUGCAGCCAUGGACCAUCGCUACCGUGGCCACGGUCACGGCGCUGGCGUUCGUGACGGUUUGUCUGCGGCUACUUGCACGCUUUGAGCGCGCGCAGAAGCUAUGGUGGGAUGAUUAUAUGAUUAUCUUUUCUAUGCUAUGGAACUUCAUCGUCGUCGGGUUCAUCUACGGAAUGGUCCAAAAGGGAAUGGGUCUCCAUGCAGACACUCUACCACCGGAAAACGUGGUGAUGAUAGCAAAGUUUCUGGUCGUGGCUGAGGUUCUUUACGUCUUCAACCUCGUCUGGACCAAAUUGUGCAUUCUGCUCAUGUACUAUCGCAUCUUCCGCUUUCCUUACUUCAAGACAUGGGCAUAUGUCAUCGGCACCUUUGUCAUUCUCUGGGUGAUCUGUAUCACUUUCCUCUUCAUCUUCAUCUGCGUCCCUGUUCAGAAGAUAUGGGAUCCCCAGCUUCCAGGACGGUGCAUCAACCAGGUUAGCACAUGGAUCGCCAACGCCGUUUCAACAAUCGCAACCGAUAUCGCCAUUCUCCUUCUUCCAAUUCCACAGGUAUGGAAGCUGCAACUUCGAACCUCGGAAAAGAUCGCCGUCUUAAUUGCCUUUGGCUUGGGGUUCUUCGUUGUCUUCACCUCCGCCUACCGGUUCUCCGUCCUUUUCAGCUACAGCUCACUUGAUCCCUCCUAUACUCUCGCCCCGACAGUCGGCUGGACCGCCAUCGAAAUGUCCGCCGGCAUCAUCUCGGCCAACCUGCCUGCCCUCCGCCCUGCCCUCCGCUUCAUAGCACGCAAACUGGGUAUCAGCAGUGGCGUCGUAGCACUCUUCAGAAGCACGAACGGAUCGAGAAGUAAGAACACAAACGGUGCGACCCAACGGUCGGAAAUAGCCGAGAGUGCUACCGCGAUCACGCAACGCUCGAAGCAGAAUCGUCAUUCUUUCUAUUACUUACCAGAUGACUCCGGGUCUAUGUCGGAAGAAACGACUAUGGACGCAUCAUUCAGACCACGAUAUGAUCAUGCCAAGACAUACACCAACGUGAAAGGUCCACAGGUGGGUCAUCGUUCUGCUGACGAGAUUCCAUUGUCUGAGAUCAGAGUGGACAAGGAAUUUACUCAGACUGCCACAACCUGA